AUAAAUGAUAAUAGUUUUGUUUGUUUUUUUCAUUUAGGUCUACGAACAUUUCGGUAUGGGUACGAAAGCGCCAGAAUCAUUUGGUCGAGGUCGAGACUGGAAUGUGGAUUUGAUUCCUAAAUUCAUUAUGGCAAAUGGUAAAUUGGUGAAGCUUUUACUUCAUACUAGUGUGACUCGAUACCUGGAAUUCAAGGCUAUUGAGGGAAGUUUUGUGUAUAAGGGACAGAAAAAGACAAUCCACAAGGUCCCAGCCAAUGAGAAGGAAGCUCUUUCAACUUCUUUGAUGGGCAUAUUUGAGAAGAGGAAGUUUCGAAACCUUUUGAUGUUUAUCCAAGGAUUUGACAUUAAUGAUACAAAUACAUGGAAAGACUUCAAAGGAAAAGAUCCAAGGACAACCACCACGAAGGAAAUGUUUGAUAAAUUUGGUGUAGAUGUAAAUACACAGGAUGUUUGUGGACAUGCAUUGGCCCUUUACAGAAAUGAUUUGUACACACAGUCUCCAAUGAUAGAAACUAUAAAUAGAAUAAAGCUAUACUAUGAAUCCUUGACUAGAUUUGAAAACCAGAAAUCCCCCUACCUGUACCCCUUGUAUGGUCUAGGUGAGCUACCACAGGGAUUUGCAAGAUUAAGUGCAAUAUAUGGAGGAACAUACAUGUUGGACAAAAAAGGAUGUAAUAUUCAGUAUGGAGAAGAUGGUAAAGUGAUUGGUGUAGAGUCCGAAGGGGAAGUAGCCAGAUGUAAAAUGGUUAUCUGUGAUCCUUCCUAUGCCCCAGAUAAAGUGAGAGUUGCAGGAAAGGUGGUACGAGCUAUAUGCAUAUUAGAUCAUCCGAUACCAAAUACAAAUGAUGCACUUUCUUGUCAGAUCAUUAUACCCCAGCAUCAAGUGUGUAGAAAACAUGACAUAUAUGUGAGUGUAGUAUCACACACACACCAAGUGGCUGCUAAAGGACAUUUCUUGGCUAUAGUCAGUACCGAAGUAGAGACUGAUAAACCUGAGUCAGAGUUACAACCAGGACUUGACCUACUUGGACCAAUUGCACAAAAGUUUGUCAGUACAAGUGAUAUGUACGAGCCAGUAGCUGGCUCAGAGGAUUCCAAUGUGUUUAUUUCCAAGUCAUACGAUGCCACAUCCCAUUUUGAGACAACUUGCGAUGAUAUAUUAGAUUUGUAUAAAAAAGUUACUGGUGCGGAAUUUGACUUUGAGAAAGCAAGUGUUCAACAGGAACAGGCAGAAGAUGAAUAAAAAGGUGAUUUCUGCUAUCAACAGACUUGGAAAAGUGAAACAAAAUACUGACUGAUUUAACUUUGUCAUUUAUUGUUUGUAUACAUACAUGUACUUUAUUUAUGGUUAUUAAUUUCAUAAGCAACUUCAAUAUAUAGGGAUCAUUAGAGUAAAGAGCUAGGUGCAAAAGUGUCAUUUCCGAACUGAAGUGGGAAAAACCUGCUUGAAAUAUUCCAAAGAGCCACAGAACAAUUGCAGGAGUUUUUUCAAUUUCUGUAGAGAUGAUAUUACCUUUCAUUGUUGAUUAAUGCUUAAUCUGAAUCCCAGUUUUUCUCUUAGAGUGACAGUUUUGCACAGAGUUCUUAUAUGUGUUAAAAGUAGUUGAAUAAGAAUGCUAGGUGAAAUUCAUUUCAAGGGUUUGCCAGAAUAAGAGUUUAAGUGCUAUAUGUCUAGUCGAGAUAAAUAAUUUUUAAUUUUCAUGACAUUGUAAUCAGUUAAGUGUGCAUUUUCAAACAGAGCAAUAAGGCAACAAUUAACCAAUUUAUUAAACAUGGGCUUAAAAGAUAUUCAGUAAAAUCAUUUCAUUUCCUUUUGUUGGCAUAAACUUUUGUGGUUUCAGCCAAAUGUAUUAUUUUGUGGGGGUUUCAAUUAGUGGAGUUCAGGUUUAUGGAGAUAGAAUCAAUAGGAAUUGUAUUUAUUGUCAGAGAUUUUCCACAAAGUUCAUUGAGAUUUAAUUUUUUAGAUUGACACAGUGAAGUCCAUGAAAAUUAGUCUGCCACGAAUGUUAAUGAUUUUUAUGAUAUAUCCUGAGAAACACAAUACAUUAUGUAAAAAGUAGGAAAUGAACUCUUUGAAAUUACAUCCUUUUUGAAAUACACAUUGCACACAUUAUAAAAUGUUUGUGGAGAACAGCAGUUUAGAUUCAAGCCUUCAUAGUUGCAAAUAAUUUGUACUAUUAUUUUAUUAUCAAAACUCACCUAGGUAGCUGAGUAGGUUAUGUGUUAAACAAAUGGAGAGCUUAUAAAUUUGGUCCCGCUCCAGAGGCUUAUGUUCUCCCUGACAAUUUGAUGGAAGUAGCUCGUGGCCCCCUGUGUGGAGGAGUUGUCAGUAACUUGUGAAUAAGAAAUCAGUAUUGGUGUGAAUCCAGUAACAUUGGUUAGUUAGCUGGCUGCCAUUGUGUACCUGAAAUACUGUUGGAAUAUAUUGUAAAUUUCAUUAGACAAACAGUACUAACUAUAGUCUGAUCAUGAGUGUGUAAUUUCUGUAGAGAAAUUAUGAACAGCUGACUGCAAGAUUCUGGUUUUAAUUUUUGUUGUGUAACAUGUGGCAUUAUUCAAAAAAAAAAGUCCACAGGAGCUUUCUCGCAAGAAUAUAAGAAAUAGCACGCAAAUGUAGUUUCUGUCGUCAUUGCAAGCUUAUAUGCAUUUGCUUGAUUGUUUCAUAAGGUAAUCUAUGUUGUGAUUUGUGUAUGUGUAGUUAUGUGUAUUUAUGCGAAGGAUAUGUUCUAGAAUAUGCGCUGAAUUUCAACCACCGAAACACAAACUUGAAUUUUUACAUUUUUUAAUAACGAAGUAGAACAAUUAUUGCUUGAAAAUGAUUUUAAGUUUUAGUUUUUUUUCUCCCCAUUUGUAUGAAAAGUUUAAUCACUUUGUAAGAAAUAAAAGUUUGCUUGUUUUUUUUGUUACUUUUUAUCCCACAUUUGAAUUUUUACAUCUCGUUUUACCAGGAAUAACAACAUUUCUUUAAAAAAAUGAUUAAAAGUUUUAGAUUAUUUUUUUGCUUGUACUUAAUCAUUAAUGACUUUGAGAGACGUAGGACUUUGAUUUUUGGUCGUACAGAUUUCUUUUUUUUCCCAAUGAAAUAUUGAUUAAAAGAAAGUAAGAAAAAUAUUAACUAAUUAUGUAUGAAAUUUAUUAAUGUCACAAAAGCUGAUCUGUGAACUGACAUUUCAGUAUAUAUUUUAAUUGUUCCUGACUAUGUAUUGUCUUUAAAAUAAAUAUAUUAUGGUGAAUUUGUUGAUAACCCAUAGAAUUAUUUAAUUAACUCUUGAACUUGAAUCAUGCCACAACAAAAUGUGCUCCAGGAGGUGCUAAAGGAUUUCUGCUUUAAGAGUAAUUUUUUUUUUGAUGAAUUAGUGGUAGUAUUAAGUUAGUAACAUUUCUUGUGUACUGAAGUCUUGAUACAUCUGGAUUGACCAAGUUGCAAAAUCAUAUUGAAGGAAACAAAUGGUGAUUCUGAUAUAAUGUUUAAGCUUUGUAUAAAUCUAAAUACAUGAAUAAAUGAAUGAAUAUCUCAAGUUGUACUGAACAAUAUUAGAUAGUAUUCCAUUCUGUGCUUAUUUUUUCUUGAUGAAAAUAGAAAAUCCGUUAAGAUGGCCACAAGCUAUAGAUGCAAGUUAUUUAAUGAGUAUUAACAUAAACCUAUAUUGAACAUUGUGUUAGGUCUUUGUUGACCUUGAAUUCCAUCCAGAAAUGGUGUGCGUUUUUUUUUUUUUUGGUCAAGUUAACAUAGGAAAUUGUACGAAAUAUGGAAUAAAUAUUCUUCGGUACGGAAGUUGUACAUUUACACGACAUUAAUGGGAUUUGGACACGAGAGUUGGCUAUGAAAGAAAUAUUUGUAUUUCUAAAGUACACAUAAAUUGGAGUUUAUCUCAGUUAAUAUGAAUAAAAAAUACAGUUUAUCUGUAUUAAUUUAUAACAAAUCCUUAGUAAUUUUAAAUGUUUAUUUCUUAAAAUCUUCAAAAUAUACCUCAAGGUCGUUUUGUAGUGGUGUGAUUCUUUUUAUUUUCUGUGCAAUAAAAAUGAUAUAUCUGUAAGUGCUUGGAAAAAUGAUAUAUCUGCAAGUGCCCGGAUGGGAAUGAAAUAAAUGAACAGAUGAAUUUUAUUGUUGCUUACUUACACCUGUUGAAUUAGUUGUAUUAAACAUACAUACUUUUUUGUUACGAAAAUGUUAUUGAAAAUUUUUGAUAACUUGACAAUAUAAUUUAGUAUAGUUGAAAACGUGUCAUUUCUCCGAGGUUUAAUGUAAAAGAAGUGGAGUAUUUGGUUUACAUGGUCACAUGAAAAACAUUGUAUACCAUGGUAAUAGAGAUUUCAUGAAAAAUGUUGCAUUUAUUUUCAAACAGAACUAACUGAUAAUUCAUAGUGCAGCAUUUAUUUACUUGGUAAUUUGUUGUUAAGAAUGCUUUUGGUAUAGGAAUUCUGUUUUGCAAAACUAUUAUUGGAAAUUAAAUUUGGUUUGUGGUACUUGCCUGUAAGUGUAUUUGUGGCUCAUAAACUAAUAAAUUCUCUUAAGUAUAUAA